GCGAAGUCGGAGGCGUCGGUGGUGACAUUGAAAUGGCGAGUGGGGUCGGCAAUCUUGAGGACAGGGGCCGUGGUGAUGGUUUGCUUGAGUAAGUCGAAAGCAUGUUGGCGGAGAUCGUUCCAAUGGAAGGGUUCGUCCUUGCGGGUGAGUUCGUGGAGAGGGUACGAGAUCUCGGAAAAGUUGCGAAUGAACGGGCGGUAAUAGUUGGCAAGGCCGAGGAAGGAACGGAGUUGGAGGAGGGUCUUGGGUGGGGGGUACUCGACGAGGGCUGUGACCUUCGAGGGGUCCAUACGGAUGCCUUCAGCGGAGACAAUAUGGCCGAGGUAUUCGACGCUCGACGCGGCAAACGUACAUUUGUUGAGCUUGGCGUAGAAUUUUUGCUCUCGGAGGAUCGAGAGGACUUGGCGGAGGUGCUGAAGGUGGGACUCGAAGGUGGGGCUGAAGACAAGGAUGUCAUCAAGGUAGACGACGACACAGACUUCGAGGAGGUUGCGGAAGAUGUGGUUCAUGGUGGAUUGGAAGGUAGCGGGGGCAUUGGUGAGUCCGAAUGGCAUCACRAGGAACUCGUAGUGCCCGAACCGAGAGCGGAAGGCGGUCUUGUGGGUGUCCUCCUCGCGGAUACGGAUCUGGUGGAAGCCACUGCGAAGGUCGAUCUUCGUAAAGUACUUGGCUCCACUGAGACCAUCAAGGAGCUCGAAAAUCCGAGGUGUGGUGAACUCGUCCGAGGAGGUGAUGGAGGUGAUGUCUUCGGGGGUGAUGUGGUGGAAAAAGCGGGUGCGAGAGGUGCCGGGCGGGGGCUGGUGGUGGGGGUGGAGGAGUCGAUCGUGGUGAAGCAUGCGAGAGAGGAGGUCGGCAAGGGGCAUGUCGGGUUCGUGGGCGAGGGCGGUUGCAAGGUCUUUGUGGCAUACUCGUUUGAUGCGGGAGAUGAACGCAAAGUCGGGAAUGACGGUGUGGGGGAGGUGGUGGCGGAGGGAGCGGACAUGUUGGACGAAGCGGUCCGUGGGACCGGUGUCGGGACCGGUGGGUCCCGAGAUAAUGUGCUGGAUGCGCCGGAUGAGGGAGGAGGUGGAGGGAACGGAACGGUGGUGGAGGUUGAAGGGUUGGUGGAUGUGGUGGUAGAGGUGGUAGGAGUGGAGGAGGUCGGCGGGGGGGUGUUGCUGGAGGCGGCUGUGGAGGAGGGAGUGGUUUGCGCUGUGGAAGAUGGAGUGGUUUGUGCUGUGGAGGAGGGAGUGGUUUGCGCUGUGGAGGAGGGAGUGGUUUGCGCUAUGGAGGAGGGAGUGGUUUGCGCAGUGGUGACGACCGUGAUGGAGGGGAUGGUCCCUUCGAUCGUGGUGACGCGGUCGCAUAUGGACGACAUGUUGGCCUUUAUGUCGUUGAGAGAGGCGAUGACGGAGGUUCGGAGGGUGUUGAGUGCGUGGAGGAUGGCGGAGAGGUCGGGGGUGGCGGUGUUUGCUGGUGGUUGUUCGCCUGCGAGGUUGCGGGCGAUGCUAUCGACUGAGUCGGUGCGGAUGUCAGACAUGUUGAUGGAGGAUGCGGCCAUGUCGGCGGAAGAGGGGGUAGAGGACGUGGCCUGAACGGGUGUGGAGGAUGCAACAGCAGCAGUGGCGGCGGCAGCAGCGGCGGCGGCGGCAGCAGCGGCGGUGGCGGCAGCAGCGGCGGUGGCAGCGGCGGCACGUUGGGAGUUCUUGGUUUGGCGUGGUGGCAUGUGGAGGUGGAGGGGGCAAUCCCUUAUUUAUUUAUCAAUAAAUUCACAAAUAAAGAUAAUCGCCAAGA